AUGGGACCUCACAAAAUGGACUCAAAAAUCUUCCAAUGGGAGCGCACUAUCGCUUCGGGCACCUACCUUAUAUCCUCCGACCGGUCGCUGCUUCCAUACACCUUCGUCCAGGAAGCCUACGCGACAGACGCCAUGUUCUGGGCGAAACCGCUCUCUUUUACGGACCUGUCGACCAUGCUUGACAACAGUCUCACUCUCGGUGUGUACUCUGUCUCGGACGGCGUCAAGAAGCCUAUUGGCAUGGCGCGCUUCAUUACCGACUACACGACACUCGCCUACCUCACAGACGUCUACCUCGUCCCCGAACACCAGGGCCAAGGACUCGGCAAAUGGCUCAUCGCAUGCUGUCGCGAGAUCUGCGCCGGAAUGGAAAACCUCCGGUGGAUGGUCCUCUUGACCGGCGGCGAGCAAGCGCAAGCGCUCUACAGGAAGGAAUUGGGCAUGACAAAGCUUGACGGGGUGGAGGAGGGGCUGGUUUGUAUGGGGGCUCGGCGGGCAAAACUCACCGAAGCAGCGGGCGCUCCGCCCUCAGCAUAG